UUAAUUUAUAUUAAAUCCACAGAACAGAUAGCCAAUUCAUUAAAUCAGUCAAUAUACUAAUUAUUAACUUGGAACCUUGAUUAAUAAUUAAGUUAAUAACUACAACCAAAAUUACCAUAUCAAUAUUUCUUGUGUGUGUGUGUCUGUGGAAACAAUGGCAAGAUGGCUGACUUAAGAUAGUUCUUUUGUCUUAAGCCGCAUGGCUUAAAACAAAGGAACUGUAACAAGAUGGCCGAAUCAAAGAUCAAUCAGAGUCAUGUCAUGUGGAGGAGGUUAACCAAGAAGCAUUCUUUUGUCUAAGGCCAAAUCAGAAGGUGUCAGACAAAAAGGUGGAAGAUAGCAAGUUGCAUGCAAGACAGUGAGAUGCACCUACAUGUGUGAAAAUGCUAACAACAGGUAACCUGACAGACAAACAGACAGAGCAAGUAAUACAUUGACUUAAAUCAAUGUAUAUACUGGCAGAGUUGAGAAUCCUAUGCUUACCCAAGCUGUGCUGGGAAGGACGCUGGGAGACUGAGUUCAAUGACUCUCAUUUGUCUGUGGAACAAAAGGAGCCAUUAGGUCUUAUCCUCCAUUUUGAAUGGGCUGAGUCCCAACACGUCAUUCUGAUGUUUUUGCAAUAAUUUCAGCUAGAUAUUAAUCUAUUAGUUUGAAUAAGGAACUGAGGGAUUUCAACAUUUGCAAAGUUUGUUGACACAUACUGUUCAUGUGUUAAUUAAUAUUCCCAACAGUUUAUACACUGCUGUUUGUGCGAUGAAUCAAUUCAACCAUUCACACAGUUCACCAGUUAUUUGUAUUUUAUUAUGAGCAGUUUAAGAAGCAAAAUGAAGAAAGAACAUCAUUUAGUCUACACAACAACAAACGUACAUCUGUCAUUUUCUGUCAGCAGGUGCUCCAUGUUAAACACACAUAUCUGUGCACUUGGUUUAACUUUAAACAACUACAACUUGCAUUAAAUGAAAAUUGACAUGUCCACAUGUCUGCAGCAGACCAAAAAGGACUCUGGGUCAUACCUUUGUGGGGUCCAUAGAAAAACCCACCUGGAUAGUGAAAAAAAAUCCUAAGGAUCUUUAUUUCCAGCAGUCAGGACUGUGAUCUCGAUCAUCACCAUGGAGCCUGUGAGACUGCAAUCAACACAUAUCCCAAGCAAACAUAUCAAAGACACAAACUGUAAUUGACUGUGUGACUGGACAAAUCUAAGGUGCAAAUCAUAUGAACAUUCAAUCAUGUCUUUCUCACAUGAAGAAUACAGUACCUUGUUGAUAAAGCACUGCUGAUGCAAAUAUGGAACUGCAACAUAGAGAAGGUUUGCAGACUCAUGUUGUUAGUGUAAUAUUGACCAACCAGAUAUUUGAACACUGCUGUUUCAAAAUAUUUCUCAUGAAAUACAGCUACAUCUGUUUUAGUUUCUAUGUUUUCUUGUGAUGUGAAGAUGUGGAGCCUUCAAAACCUGCUGUUCAUCAUCUGCAUUGCUCUGAUCUGUGUGAUCAGUACAGCAGCAGUGAUCCAUGUGUCUGGAUAUGAAGGGAGAGAUGUUAAUGUUUCCUGCUCCUAUGGAGAAGGUUAUGAGUCCUAUGAGAAAUACCUGUGCAGGAAUGACUGUGGCAACAGUGAUGUUCUGGUUAAGACUACAGAAGCAAAGAAGAACAAAUACUCCAUCUAUGAUGACAAAAAGAGAAGAGUCUUCACAACGACCCUCUCUGAUCUGAGCUCUGUGGAUGCUGGGAAAUACUGGUGUGGGGUGACCAGGACUGGAAAAGAUACCUACACUGAAGUAAGACUGGAAGUAGAGCCAGACAGCUGCUGUGAUCGUUCCACCAACAUUCAAAGUUAUGAGGGAGGUUCAGUGUCCAUCAGUUGUUCAUAUGAGUCUGAGGACCAGAACAACCUGAAGUACAUCUGCAGAGGAAAGCAGCCCUCCACAUGUCUGCAGCAGGCACUAAUCACCUCUGACAACACACAAAAUGCACAGUUCAGACUUACUGAUGACAAGGAGUCAAGGAAAUUCACAGUGAACAUUACCAGUUUGACCCAAGAGGAUUCUGGGUCGUACCUUUGUGGCGUCCAUAGAAACACCGGCCUGGAUGUUUUCUCUGCUGCUGAGCUGGAAGUCAAAGAUCCGUCUCACCCUGCAGUUUUCAUUGUGCCUGCUGUGCUGCUACUCAUACUCAUAUUUGCCCUGGUCAUGUACAAGUACAAAUGUUACAAAGUUCAAGGAGGUGGAGUCAACAUGAACAGAAACAGGACCAAGGCAGCAGAUGCAGAGGAAGCGAUGGGUGGAGCAGAUAUUUAUGAAAAUCCAGAAGCUGCAACAUGCUCGAAGAAGAGGAGCUCCAGACAACAGAGCACCUGUCACCAGAAUGAUGAUACAGGUGGAGACCAACAAGACUCUAUUUAUCAAAACUUGGUACCAACAGAAGACAUCUACUCUACUCUCUUUUACAGUAAAGGUGAUAAGUGAGAAUCUUGCAUUGUUUCGUCACAUUUGUACCCAUAAUUAUCCUGUUUGUAUUUUCUUUAACAUUAACAGCUAACCAACACAAACCACCACUGACUGAAAACUUUGUUGGCCUUUGUGUUUGUCGUUGUGUUUAUCUUUCAGAAUUUGUUUUAUAAUUUAUAUAACAAACAGUUAACCACCCCUGCACUCCUUGUAAAAAACUGAGAAAAUCCAUUUCGGCUAAAUAACAAAAAUGUAACUUACUUACAUGCGUAUGUUUACCUGUGGUAAAAGUGAAUCAAUAAACAAAACAAAGAAAAUCCAGUCUUUACAAAGUUAUCACUGAAUCGAUUCAUGAGGAUUGUAUUUUGUAAUAUAUACAUGAAAUAUAAAAACAGUAUCACCAGAUUGUUAGUGAGUGUCAGAUUUUUGAUGGACUGAAAUAAAGUGGUGGAAAAUAACAAAGUACAUUUCAAAUGCUGUUAAGAACAUAUUUGAGGUAGCUGUGUUUAUGCUUAUUGUAUAAGAGUUUACAUUUCCUCUCCACUAUUUGUCAGAAGUAAAUUCUCUAAAUGUAAAGGAAAGGAGCUUCAGUGCUUCCUAUCUUAUUACCUUUAGCACAGGAUUCACUGAACCUUCAUUUACAAAAGGAAAGGAGAGAAUGACACCCCACAAUUCCCUGCAGCAGCAGCAGCAUUAAAAGCAGUGCACUAUCGUAGUUUCACUGAGGCAGAUAACACGCAUGAAGAUGCAAUAGAGCUCCUGUGUUAUGUUUGUGACACGAUCCAAAAACGUUUCUCUACUUAACAAACUUAUAAACUAUAUAUUUCUGUCUGAAUAUAAUUUACUCUGGAACCUUCAGUUUCUUUUUUAUCGUUAUUUUGAUGGCUCAACUUUUUCAACUUGUAUACUCCUUUCAUGUUAUUAUAUUAUUAGUGUUGGACAAGAAAC